AUGAUCAAGGAGGAAAAUUUUAGAAUGGCAGGGGUACGAAAAAAUUCUAAAAAAGGUUCAGCUACUGCAGAGGAAGUAGCCAGAUUUUCUCAAACGGCUCAACGUUUAGGGAGCCUUUCCUCUUCGUCUCGUUCUUUUGGAAGUCAAAGUUUUUCUAAGAUUUACCGCCCUAGUGGAGUUCCGAGCGUGCAAAGCCACAAAGCAAGAAAGAUUCAAUAUGAAAAAGCAAGAGAAGAUCGAAGAGCAAAAGUUAAUGCUUCAUAUAAAUACAUAUUUGAAGUUCUCAGUGCCAGUGUAGGCUUAGACUUAACAACUGUGGAGGAAAUGAUAUUGGACGUCCCUUCGUUCGAUGCCUUUGAUUCGUUUUUUGCCAAGGGAGGAAGAAAAUCACUGAAAAUUUUUUAUCAAGAAGGAGAUCCACGAGGAAUAGAGUGUGGUCGGAUAAUUCCAGAUGUUGAACAAGGAAAUAAAAUUUUUCAAUUUUAUUUGGAGAAGACACCGGACAAAAUCAUGGGACUAUGCUUCUAUUUCAUUCGCUAUAAGAAUGACACAUCCAUAAAUGAUAAAACUAUACAUGAGGAAAUUUCCUUUGGUGUUUUGGAUGCCACUGAUGGACUCCUACCUGGUAUUAAAGAUGUAAUAGAAAAGGUUUUUCUCCCUGCUAUCCUUGAAACAAGUAAUUGGGGUGAUUUAGGUCAGUCCAAAGAGGAUACAAAAGACAAGCAGAAUUUUGUGGAAACAAUUAAGAAAUACAUUUCAUUUUUAGGAGGUGCUGCAGCAUGCAUUGAAGGAACAGUUGAGUUGAAAAAAAUAGAUCACAUUAAUUUUUCUGAACUCCAGACCUUUGAUAAAAUAACUGCAGCUGCUGACAAUUAUGACACAGUUAACCAGCUAGAGGAAGUACUUAUGAUAUGGUAUAAACAAAUUGAACAUGUCCUGAUUGAGAGCAAACAGCUAAGGAGAGAAGCUAAGGAUUCAGGUCCACUGAUGGAAUUGGAGAACUGGAAAUACAUGUCUGCUAAACUGAACUUUAUUAUCGAACAGAUCAAAGGACAAAACUGUAAAGCUGUUGUCAAUGUUCUGAAAGUUGCACACUCUAAAAUACUAAAGUCGUGGCAAGAAUUAGAUGGCAAAAUCACAGAUGCAGCAAAUGAAUCGAAGGAUAAUGUGAGAUACCUAAGGACACUUGAAAAAGUUUGUCAGCCCCUUUAUACCACUGAUGUUGUAUUAAUGACACGGGGAUUACCAUACUUGAUAAAGACUGUACAAAUGAUUCACCGUGUUUCAAAAUAUUACAAUACUUCUGAGAGAAUUACAUCAUUACUUAUAAAGGUUACAAACCAAAUGGUCACAUCAUGUAAAGCAUACAUUACAGAUGCUGGCUUGAAUGGAGUCUGGGAUCAGGAGACACCAGUAGUCAUUGGAAAAAUCAAUGAAUGCAUACAUCUCUUGAGAGAAUAUCAGAAAUGCUUCCAUGAAGCUAGGCAAGAGACUUCGGAAAAUCUAGGAGGAAAGCCAUUGGAAGUAUCAGAAGUGUACAUUUUUGGAAAAUCUGAAGCUUUUUGUAGGAGAUUGGAAAAAAUAAUGGAGAUGAUAGCUGUAGAACAGAAUUUUAAUGCACUAACUCAUUGUGCAAUUGAAGGUCUAGAUCUUAUGGCAGUAAAAUUCAAAAAUAUCUACCACAUUUUUCAAAAGAAACCAUAUGACACCCUUGAUCCACAUGUAACAGAAUUUGAUGUGGAUUUUGUGAAAUUCAAGUCAGAAGUUGAACGUUUAGAGACACAGCUACAGAAUUUUAUGCGUACCUGUUUUCGGAAAAUUUUGUCUUCACAGAAUUCACUUCAGUUACUUCAAAGGUUUCAAAGUCUGAAUAUGCCAUGCCUUCAAGAAGAAACUGCACAUACAGUUAGUUGUAUUCUUCAACAUUAUGUAGCAGAACUCGAAGCUACUAAAAAGCUAUACCAAACCCAGAAAGAUGACCCUCCUCUAGCUCGAAACAUGCCACCUAUUGCAGGAAAGAUACUGUGGGUGAGACAGCUAUUCAGAAGGGUAAAUGAUCCAAUCAGCUAUUUCCAUAAACAUUCAGAUAUCUUGGCAAGUCCAGAAGGUAAAGCAGUUGUUCAGUCAUACAACAAACUUGCAUAUGUAUUGGUGGAGUUCGAGGUAGUCUAUCAUAAUGCGUGGAUGAAGGAAAUGUCACAAAUACAAUACCUCUUACAAUCCACGAUACUUGUACGUCAUCCUACAACUGAGAAGUUCCUAGUUAAUUUUGAUCCCCAAAUUCUAGAGAUUGUGCGAGAGACAAAAUGUAUGUUAAAGUUGGGUCUGGAAGUACCAGAGCAAGCAGUCAAACUAGCAAUAAUGGAAGAUAAAUUGAAGUCAAACAAGUUGCAGUUAGAGGAUGUUGUCCAAGCUUAUGAAGAUUUGUGUAAAGGAACACGAAAUGUGUUUGUAAAUCUGAUGACACCAAAAAUACAAAAGAUGGAAGGUGUGUUGAGGCAAGGACUUACCAUGUUGACUUGGUCAUCUGUGACACUGGAAACUUUCUUUCAAGAAGCUGAUCAAGUUCUGCAUGUAUAUAGACAGCUUUUGAGAAGGGUAACUGUUACAAGUGAUGUGCGGAUUGGUUCAAUAUUAAAAGAAAUAUCAAAAACUUCUUUAGUUAGCUUACCAGUAGAUGGUGCUACCAAAAUAGAGGAUCUGUUGGCUGACAAUGAGGAUUAUACUAAAGAAUGUUCUGAGUUAUUGAACAUUAAAAGCAUGCACAUUGAAGAUGCUGUUCAAGAUCUCAUAGAUCUAUUUGAAAAGAAUUAUGAAUUUCCAUCUGUUAAGACCUCAGAAGUACCAGGAAAAGAAAAACGUAUAGCAUUUGAAGGUAAAGAAAAGGAGAAAGAAAAAACUCCUGCUGAAGGAUCUCAAAGUGAAGAUAGCAAGAGCAGUGAUAAAGAAGAAGAGUUUAAAAAGAACUGUAAAGACUUACUUGCCUAUUUCAGUCGCCGGCUGCUAAUCAGUCUCCAGAAAGCAACCCGACUGUCUUUGGAUCGUAUUAAAAGAAGAAUGAGUGUUCCAAUGUAAGCUGCAAAUGAAGGAUUCUCUCACAAAUCUCAGGAUGUCACUCCUUUUCUAAAAGCAGAAGUACACCUUGAUAUUCCCAAUCUGGUAAUAGUUCCCAGUUUAGAUGACAUACAGCAUGCCAUCAAUCGCAUGAUUAAUUUAACACUGGAAGUAAAUCGAGGAGUUGCUCAGUGGGGACAGAGGCAUUUGCAAAAGUCUAUUUUAAAAACAGAAGCAGGCACACAGCAAGCAGCUUCUGCAGGCUUUGGAUCACAAGGGAAAAAAGCCAAAAAAGGGGAAAAAGGAGGUGAUGAUGUUGUCAGAAAGAUAAAAAAUUUUUACUCGGGUGUUGCAGAAAAUGAAGCUAUUGCUAAAAUAAUUGUGAUUCUCUCUUCUGCUGGGAAUUCUCUAAAAGAAGGAGUUAGUGAAGUUCUGCAAGAGUUUGAUAAAUAUAAGGUGUUGUGGACAGAAGAUAAAGAUACCAAAUUUCAGGAAUUUUUUGCUACUGGUCCCUCCCUGUCUGAAAUUAAAGAAGAAAUAGUUCACUACUAUACGUUUGAGCAAGAGAUGAACAGUUUAAAACCUGUUAUUCUUCUUGGUCCAAUUGAAUUGCAUACAGAACCACUGAAAAAAGCUUUAGGAACUGAAGCCAAUUCCUGGAAGAUGGUCCUGUGUCGUUACUUAAAUGAGGAAUAUAAAGCAAAAUUGCUAGACAUCAUGUCAUUCAUGAACGAUUACCUAAACAAAUUGGCUCGACCUCUGAUUGACUUAGAUGAUGUCAGAUUAGCAAUGGAAGCUUUAGCUACCAUUCAGGAAAGGAGAUCAGAUAUAGACAUCUCUAUGGGACCUAUUGAAGAAGCCUAUGCCAUUUUAAAUGCAUUUAAUAUGGAAAUUACAAAAGAGGAAUCAGAUGGUGUUGAUUCAAUGAGAUAUACUUAUAAUAAGUUAAAAGCCCAAGCUAUUGUAGUUCAAGAUGAGUUGGUUGAAGUUCAACCCAAGUUUAAGAGUGAGUUGCUAGAAGCUGUUGCAGUUUUUCGGGAGGAUGUGUCAUACUUUGAAACAGCGUAUGAAACGGAAGGGCCUAUGGUUCCAAGCAUUCCUCCUCAGGAAGCCAGUAAGAGGCUGCAGCUCUUUCAGGCUAACUUUGAUGAGCUGUGGAGAAAGUAUAUCACGUACUCAUCUGGUGAACGGUUGUUUGGAUUGCCUGUCACAGAGUAUGACAUUUUGCAUAAAGUCAGGAAGGAGUUAGGCUUGCUUCAGAAAUUGUAUGGAUUAUAUGAUACUGUAAUAAGCACUAUUGAUGGUUACUAUGACAUACUUUGGACAGAGAUAGAUAUUGAAAAAAUCACUAAUGAACUUAUGGAUUAUCAAACCAGGUGUCGUAGACUACCUAAAGGCCUCCACCACUGGCAAGCAUUUUCAGAUCUCAAGAAAAGAAUUGAGGAUUUUAUUGAGUGUUGUUCUUUGCUGGAAAUGAUGUCUGACAAAGCAAUGAAGCAAAGACACUGGGAUCGUAUUUCUGAAACAACAGGGCAUCCAUUUGAUGUAGAAUCUGAGACCUUUUGCCUUCGAAACAUCAUGGAAGCACCAAUUCUUCAAAAUAAAGAAGAUAUUGAGGAUAUAUGCAUAUCUGCUAUGAAGGAAAAGGAUAUAGAAGCCAAACUGUAUCAAGUAGCUGAAACCUGGGGAGCCCAAAAUCUGAGCUUUUCACAGUUCAAAGCAAGAGGAGAGUUACUGUUAAAGGGAAUUGAAUCAGCAGAAAUUAUGAUAAUGAUGGAGGACAGUUUAAUGAUUCUGGAUUCUCUACUGUCCAAUAGAUACAAUACAGCAUUUAAAAAGCAAAUUCAGAACUGGGUUUCUAAACUAAGCAACUCUUCACACAUAAUUGAAGAAUGGCUGGUUGUGCAGAACCUCUGGAUUUACCUUGAAGCUGUUUUUGUAGCAGGAGAUAUUGCAAAAGAGUUACCACAGGAAGCAAAGCGUUUUCAGAAUAUUGACAAAUCAUGGGUAAAAAUAAUGCAGCGAGCUCAUGAAAACCCAAAUGUAGUUGCCUGCUGUGUUGGAGAUGAUACUAUGGAGCAACUUCUCCCUUAUUUACAUGAACAGUUGGAAGUAUGUCAGAAAUCACUUACAGGAUAUUUAGAGAAGAAAAGACUGCUGUUUCCAAGAUUCUUUUUUAUUUCUGAUCCUGCUCUUGUUGAAAUUCUUGGACAAGCAAGUGAUUCUCAUACAAUUCAGCCACAUCUGACUUCCAUAUCUGACAACAUCAAUGAAGUAGAGUUUCACCCAAAGGAUUAUGAUCGCAUACUGGCAGUCAUAUCAAGAGAAGGAGAAAAAAUUUCACUGGACACUCCAGUGGUUGCAAAAGGACCAGUAGAAAUUUGGUUGAAGAGUUUAUUGCAAAUGCAGCAGAGGUCAUUGCAUGGCAUAAUUAGGGCAGCAUUUUACCAAAUUAGUGACCCAGGAUAUCAGUUGUUAACUUUUCUUAAUCAAUUCCCUGCACAGGUUGGAUUACUGGGAAUUCAAAUAUUGUGGACACGUGAUGGAGAAGAAGCUCUACGCAACGCUAAGGAUGACAAAAAAAUCAUGGAUGUAACCAAUGCUAGAUUUCUGGAUAUUCUGAAUACAUUGAUUGGCCAGACCACACAGGAUCUUUCCAAGUUUGAGAGAGUGAAAUUUGAAACACUUAUUACCAUUCAUGUGCAUCAGCGUGAUAUUUUUGAUGACUUGGUGAAAAUGAACAUCAAAACACCAACUGAUUUUGAGUGGUUAAAGCAGUCUAGAUUCUACUAUAAAGAGGAUUAUGAUCAAGUCAUCGUAGCAAUUACAGAUGUUGAUUUUGUUUACCAAAAUGAAUUUCUGGGUUGCACUGAUCGUCUGGUUAUAACACCUCUUACAGACAGGUGCUAUAUAACUUUAGCACAAGCUUUGGGAAUGAACAUGGGAGGAGCUCCAGCAGGACCAGCUGGAACUGGUAAAACAGAAACAACAAAAGACAUGGGAAAGGCUCUGGGAAAAUACGUAGUAGUCUUUAACUGCUCUGAUCAAAUGGACUUCAGAGGAUUGGGCAGGAUUUUCAAAGGUCUUGCACAGUCUGGGUCUUGGGGAUGUUUUGAUGAAUUCAAUCGAAUUGAGUUACCUGUCUUGUCAGUAGCAGCGCAACAAAUCUAUAUUAUUUUAACAGCAAGAAAAGAAAAAAAAAAGCAGUUCAUUUUUUCUGAUGGAGACUGUGUGGACUUAAAUCCAGAGUUUGGAAUUUUUCUAACUAUGAAUCCUGGAUAUGCUGGACGUCAAGAACUACCAGAAAAUCUCAAAGUACAGUUUAGAACUGUUGCAAUGAUGGUUCCAGAUAGACAGAUAAUUAUAAGGGUUAAACUUGCAAGUUAUGGAUUUAUUGAUAAUGUGGUCUUGGCUAAGAAAUUCUUUGUUCUUUAUAAACUUUGUGAGGAGCAGCUCACUAAGCAGGUACAUUAUGACUUUGGUCUGAGGAAUAUCCUUUCAGUACUGAGGACUCUUGGAGCUCAAAAGAGAGCCAGGCCAACCGAAGGCGAAUUAAGUAUUGUCAUGAGAGGGUUAAGAGAUAUGAAUCUUUCCAAGCUGAUAGAUGAAGAUGAGCCUUUGUUUCUGAGUCUUAUCAAUGAUCUCUUCCCGGGGCUGCAGUUGGACAGCAGUACCUAUGAUGAGCUUCAGGCUGCAGUAGCUCAUCAGGUUGACGAGGCAGGGUUGGUUAACCAUCCACCAUGGAAUCUUAAGCUUGUUCAGUUGUAUGAAACUAAUCUAGUGCGUCAUGGGUUGAUGACACUUGGACCUAGUGGAUCUGGAAAAACAAUGGUCAUAACUAUAUUAAUGAGAGCACUCACAGAAUGUGGCCAGCCUCAUAAGGAAAUGCGCAUGAACCCCAAAGCUAUUACUGCUCCUCAAAUGUUUGGAAAACUAGAUGCUGCAACUAAUGACUGGACAGAUGGAAUCUUUUCUACUCUGUGGAGGAAAACACUGAAAACCAAAAAGGGUGAAAAUGUGUUUCUGGUUUUAGAUGGUCCUGUAGAUGCAAUCUGGAUUGAGAAUUUAAAUUCCGUUUUGGAUGAUAACAAGACCCUCACUCUUGCAAAUGGAGAUCGAAUCCCUAUGUCUCCUUCAUGUAAACUCUUAUUUGAGGUCCACAAUAUUGAGAAUGCCUCUCCAGCAACAGUUUCUCGAAUGGGUAUGGUCUUCAUCAGUUCUUCUGUUCUCAGCUGGAGACCAAUAUUGCAGGCAUGGCUGAAAAAACGUACUGCUCAGGAAGCUGAAAUUUUGCAAAGUUUGUAUGACAGAAUCUUUGAGCCAGCAUAUACAUAUAUGAAACUAAACCUUAACCCCAAAAUGGAGCUUCUGGAAUGUAACUACAUUAUGCAGUCUAUUAAUCUUCUGGAGGGCUUGAUUCCAGUGAAGGAAGAACGUGGUGUAUCAGCUACACAACUUCUGCAUAAAUUGUUCAACUUUGCAAUAAUGUGGAGUUUAGGUGCCCUUUUGGAGCUGGACAGUCGAGAUAAACUUGAAGCCUUCAUUAGAGCUCAUGAUAAUAAAUUAGACUUACCAAAAAUCCCUCGUGACAGCAAUGAAACCAUGUAUGAGUUUUAUGUUACUGAUCGUGGUGCCUGGGAGCACUGGAGUAAAAGAGUUCAGGAAUUUGUUUAUCCAACAGAUCACGUCCCAGACUAUGCAUCUAUUCUGGUUCCAAAUGUUGAUAAUACCAGAACACAGUUUUUGAUAAACACAAUUGCAAAACAAAAGAAAGCUGUUUUGCUCAUAGGAGAACAGGGGACUGCAAAGACAGUUAUGAUUAAGGGGUAUAUGAAGAGAUAUGACCCAGAAGAGCAUUUGUCAAAAAGUCUAAACUUUUCGUCUGCCACAGAACCAUUUAUGUUUCAGAGAACAAUAGAGAGUUAUGUGGACAAACGUGUUGGAAGCACUUAUGGACCUCCUGGGGGCAGAAAGAUGACUAUUUUUAUUGAUGAUAUCAAUAUGCCAUUUAUCAAUGAAUGGGGAGAUCAGAUAACAAAUGAAAUUGUCCGUCAGAUGAUGGAAAUGAGAGGAAUGUACAGCUUGGAUAAACCUGGAGACUUCCUUACAAUUGUAGAUGUACAAAUAAUAGCAGCAAUGAUACAUCCUGGAGGAGGCCGUAACGAUAUUCCCCAGCGUUUAAAAAGACAGUUUUCUGUAUUCAAUUGUACAUUGCCAUCCAACGCAUCCAUCGACAAGAUUUUUGGUAUAAUUGCCAAUGGAUACUUUCAUCCCUGUAGACAAUUUAACCCUGAAGUAUGUGGUAUGGUGGAAAAACUGGUCUCAACAGGAAGAAUAUUGUGGCAGCGGACAAAGGCAAAGAUGUUACCUACACCAUCUAAAUUCCACUAUAUCUUCAACCUUCGAGACCUUUCUAGAAUUUGGCAAGGCAUGUUAACUAUAAAGGCAGAAGAAUGCACAACCAGCACUAUUAUCUUAAGACUUUUUAAACAUGAAUGUACCAGGGUAAUUGCUGACAGGUUUAAUGCACCCGAAGAUACAGCCUGGUUUGAACAAGCUAUGGAUAAAACAAUUCAGGAAUAUGUGGAGGCAGAUUUAAGUGAAGUUCUCAAUGCUGAACCGUAUUUUGUCGAUUUUUUACGGGAUGAACCUGAACCAACCGGUGAAGAACCAGAAGAUGCUGAGCUUCUAGCACCAAAAGUUUAUGAGGAGGUUCCAAGCUAUGAAUUCCUUUGUAACAAAUUGCGGGCAUAUCAGGCACAAUACAAUGAAAAUAUUAGAGGUUCCUCUCUUGAUUUGGUGUUUUUCAAGGAUGCAAUGACACAUCUUAUUAAGGUUUCCCGAAUUAUUCGGACAGCAUAUGGAAAUGCUUUACUUGUUGGAGUUGGUGGAUCUGGAAAACAAAGUCUUUCAAAGUUAGCCUCCUUCAUUGCUGGCUAUAAAAUAUUUCAGAUCACUUUAACCAGAUCCUAUAAUGUAACGAAUCUGUCAGAAGAUUUAAAAGUAUUGUAUAGGACAGCUGGACAGGAAGGACAAGGUAUCACCUUCAUUUUCACUGAUAAUGAAAUAAAAGAGGAAUCAUUUUUGGAAUACGUAAAUAAUCUACUGUCUUCAGGAGAGAUUUCUAAUUUAUUUGCUCGGGAUGAAUUGGAUGAAAUCACCCAAUCAUUAGUACCUGUGAUGAAAAAAGAGCUGCCUCGGCAUCCUCCUACCUUUGACAAUCUUUAUGAGUACUUCUUAAGUCGAGCAAAGAAGAACUUGCAUGUUGUCCUCUGCUUUUCUCCAGUUGGUGAGAAGUUCCGUGCACGUUCUUUGAAAUUUCCUGGUCUGAUAUCUGGGUGCACCAUGGAUUGGUUCAGUCGAUGGCCCAGGGAAGCUCUUGUAGCUGUGUCCAACUAUUUUCUUUCAGAAUUUAAUAUGGUCUGUGCUCCAUCAGUUAAAACAGAAAUAGUACAAACCAUGGGUCUCUUUCAUGACAUAGUUUCAGAAAGCUGUGAGAAUUAUUUCCAAAGGUAUCGAAGACGAGCUUACGUGACACCUAAAUCCUAUCUCUCUUUCAUCGGUGGCUACAAAGAGGUUUACACUGAGAAGUUAGAUAGUAUUAAUGAGCAGGCUGAACGAAUGCAAACUGGUCUGUCCAAGCUGAUGGAAGCCAGUGAAUCUGUUGCCCAACUCUCUAAAGACUUGGCUAUUAAGGAGAAAGAGCUGGCUGUGACAUCUAUUAAGGCAGAUAAAGUACUAGAAGAAGUCAAAGAAAGUGCUGAAGCCGCAACUAAAAUAAAACUUGAAGUCCAGGAAGUGAAAGAUAAAGCACAAAGGAUUGUGGAUGCAAUUGAUAUAGAAAAGCAAGAAGCAGAGAAAAAACUGGAGGCAGCUAAACCAGCACUAGAAGAAGCAGAAGAAGCUCUUAAAACCAUCAGACCAGAGGAUAUCGCUACUGUUAGAAAACUUGCAAAACCUCCUCACCUCAUUAUGAGGAUCAUGGACUGUUGUCUGCUACUAUUUCAAAAGAGACUGGAUCAAGUUACCAUGGAUCCAGAAAAGCCUUGCUGCAAGCCAUCAUGGGGAGAAUCAUUAAAACUUAUGAGUGGCCCAUUCUUGAACAACCUAAGGAACUUUGCCAGGGAUACAAUCAAUGAUGAGACAGUAGAAUUAGUCCAGCCUUACUUUGAAAUGGAAGACUAUACACUGGAAAAUGGUAAAAAAGUGUGUGGCAACGUGGCAGGACUUCUCUCUUGGACAAAAGCCAUGGUGGUAUUUUAUGGUGUUAACAGAGAAGUCUUGCCUCUUAAGGCUAAUCUGGCAAAACAAGAAGGUCGCCUGAAAAUAGCUAAUGCAGAAAAAGAUAAAGCUCAGGCAGAAUUAGAUGAAAAGCAAGCUGAACUGGAUAAAGUGCAGGCAAAGUUUGAUGCAGCAAUGAAGGAGAAAAUGGACUUACAGAAUGAUGCAGAAACAUGCAAAAGAAAGAUGCAAGCAGCCUCUGAACUUAUAGAUGGACUGAGUGGAGAGAAAGUUAGAUGGACUCAGCAAAGCAAAGAAUUUAAAUCUCAAAUUAAAAGGCUUGUGGGAGAUAUAUUGCUCUGCACAGGCUUUCUUUCAUACUGUGGGCCUUUUAAUCAAGACUUCAGGAACCUUUUGCUUAAGGACUUAUGGGAAACAGAGUUGAGAGCUCAUAAAAUCCCCUUUUCUGAUGAUUUGAACCUGAUUUCUAUGUUGGUAGAUCAACCAACAAUUAGUGAGUGGAAUCUUCAAGGAUUGCCUGGAGAUCACCUCUCAAUUCAGAAUGGUAUUAUUGUCACUAAGGCAUCAAGAUACCCACUUUUAGUAGACCCACAAACUCAAGGAAAAGCGUGGGUUAGAAAUAAAGAACAGGAGAAUGAAUUACAGGUAACAACUCUGAAUGACAAGUAUUUCCGGCAACACUUAGAAGACAGCCUUUCACUGGGACGAUCACUCCUGAUUGAAGAUAUAGAGGAAGAAUUGGAUCCAGUCCUUGAUAAUAUACUAGAAAAAAAUUUCAUAAAAUCUGGAUCUGCUUUUAAGGUGAAAGUUGGUGAUAAGGAAGUAGAUGUUAUGAAUUCAUUUAGACUGUUCAUUACUACGAAGCUACCUAAUCCUUCUUUCACACCUGAAAUUAAUGCAAAAACAUCAAUUAUUGAUUUUACUGUUACAAUGAAAGGACUUGAGAAUCAGUUACUGAGAAGAGUAAUACUCACUGAAAAACAGGAACUUGAGGCAGAACGAAUUAAACUCAUGGAAGAUGUAACUUCUAAUAAGAGGAAGAUGAAGGAACUGGAAGACAAUCUUCUUUACAAACUAAGUGCCACCAAAGGUUCACUAGUGGAUGAUGAGUCUUUAAUUGGUGUCCUGCAAACAACUAAGCAAACAGCUGCUGAAAUAGCUGUCAAGUUGUCUGUGGCAGCAGAAACUGAAGUGAAGAUUAACACUGCUCAGGAGGAAUAUCGACCUGUUGCUACACGUGGAAGCAUUCUUUAUUUCCUUCUUACAGCAAUGAGCAUGGUCAAUAAUAUGUAUCAAACUUCACUGGCUCAGUUCUUAAAGCUAUUUGAUCAAUCUAUAGCCAGGUCUAAGAAAUCUCCUGUGCCUCAGAAAAGAAUCUCAAAUAUUAUUGAAUAUCUCACUUUUGAAAUUCACUCAUAUUCUGUUAGAGGCCUAUAUGAAAACCACAAAUUCCUCUUUACCCUCCUUCUGGCUUUAAAAAUUGAUAUUGAGAGAGGGCAUGUGGAAAACAGAGAGUUCCAAACUCUCAUUAGGGGAGGUGCAGCUUUGGAUCUACAGGCUUGCCCACCCAAACCUUGCCGAUGGAUUCUUGACAUGAUAUGGCUAAAUCUAGUGGAGUUGAAUAAACUUCCACAAUUUGAAGAAAUUUUGAACCAGAUAGCUCACAGUGAUAAGGCAUGGAAACACUGGUUUGAUAAAGAUGCCCCUGAGGAAGAAAUUAUCCCUAAUGGAUACAGUGAUUCACUUGACACCUUCCGCAAGCUUUUACUCAUCAGGUCUUGGUGUCCAGACCGAACACUUUCCCAAGCCAGGAAAUACAUUGCAAGUUCCUUGGAUGAGAAAUAUACAGAGCCAGUUAUUUUGAAUUUAAGAAAAACUUGGGAAGAAAGUGACAUGCGAACACCUCUCAUCUGUUUCUUGUCUAUGGGAUCAGACCCAACUGAUCAGAUUAAUUCCUUGUCUCGGAAGCUUAAUUUGGAAUGUAGGACCAUCUCAAUGGGCCAAGGACAAGAGGUUCAUGCACGCAAACUCAUAGAGGUGUCAAUGGAACAGGGAGGCUGGGUGUUACUUCAGAAUUGUCACCUUGGACUGGAGUUCAUGGAUGAACUAUUGGAGACACUUCUUACUGGUGAGAUGCAGAAUGACACAUUUCGAGUUUGGAUAACUACUGAACAACAUCCUAAAUUCCCGAUUACGCUGCUACAGAUUGCUAUAAAGUUCACAAAUGAGCCUCCACAAGGUAUACGUGCUGGACUGAAAAGAACAUUUUCUGGAAUUAGUCAGGAUCUGUUAAACGUUAGCAACCUGCCUAUGUGGAAACCUUUGCUUUACACUGUAGCUUUCCUGCAUUCUACUGUUCAGGAGCGACGCAAGUUUGGACCUUUGGGUUGGAAUAUUCCCUAUGAAUUUAACUCAGCAGACUUUACAGCCAGCAUUCAGUUUAUACAAAAUCACCUAAAAAAAAUUGACGUCAGGAAGGGGAUAUCGUGGAACACAGUACGCUACAUGAUUGGAGAAGUACAGUAUGGAGGCCGAGUCACAGAUGACUAUGAUAAACGUCUUCUUAAUUGCUUUGCAAGGGUAUGGUUUAAUGAAAGUAUGUUUGACAGUGCUUUCUGCUUUUACACUGGGUAUAAAAUUCCGGUAUGCAAAACUCUGGAACAAUACUUUGAAUACAUCCAGUUACUUCCUGCCAUGGACAGCCCAGAGGUGUUUGGUCUCCAUCCCAAUGCUGAUAUUACAUACCAGAAAAAUACAUCAGCUGAUGUUCUGGAUACUAUUACCAACAUUCAGCCGAAAGAAAGUGGUGGAGGAUCUGGAGAAACUCGUGAAUCAGUUGUUUAUCGUUUGGCUGAAGACAUGCUAGAGAAACUUCCUCCAGAUUACAUACCUCAUGAGGUAAAGGCUCGUUUAGUUAAAAUGGGAGCACUUAACUCUAUGAAUAUUUUUCUUCGUCAAGAAAUUGACCGCAUGCAGAAGGUGAUCACAGUUGUCCGCACCAGUUUGAAUGAUCUGCAACUAGCCAUAGAUGGAACUAUUGUUAUGAGUGAGAAUUUAAGAGAUGCACUUGAUAACAUGUAUGAUGCUCGAAUCCCUCAAGUAUGGAGAAGAGUAUCUUGGGAGUCUUCCACACUUGGUUUCUGGUUUACUGAACUUCUGGAGAGAAAUGCUCAAUUAUCUAGUUGGAUAUUUCAAGGAAGACCAAAGGUGUUUUGGAUAACUGGAUUCUUUAAUCCACAAGGAUUCCUGACAGCAAUGAAACAAGAAGCAACUCGAGCACAUAAAGACUGGGCUUUAGAUAAAGUUGCAGUACAUAAUGAUGUGCUAAAGCUAACCAAAGAAGAAAUCAUAUCACCUCCUUCUGAAGGAGUUUAUAUCUACGGGCUCUACUUGGAAGGUGCAGGCUGGGACAAACGAAGAAGCAUACUUGUUGAGUCUUCACCAAAGAUUCUUUUUGUCCAGCUGCCUGUACUCCAUAUGUUUGCUGUUGAUUCAACCAGACCUAGGGAUCCCAGGCUCUAUGUUUGUCCUCUUUACAAGAAGCCCAAGAGGACAGAUUUGAACUUUAUUACAGAGGUAUUUUUAAAGACAGCAAAGUCUCCAGACCACUGGAUUCUGAGAGGAGUGGCUCUUCUCUGUGACAUCAAGUAGGCUGU